AACAAUUUUCUCAUAAUUUGGGUAUGAAACUCGAAAGCCAAACGGGUGGUGGGUUCGGUGAGCCCCGCCCCGCCCCCUCCAUGCCCUUUUCGAUCUUCCGCUCGGAGGCAUGCUGGGAACGUCAUAUGCAAAUCAGGCAGACGAACGCCCCGCCCCUUCGACGUUGGGGCGGUUGCCAGAUCGGCCUAGUGCGCAGGCGCGGGAAAGUUGAACUAUCAGAAAAGUUUGUACAAAUUGAGUGGAGGCGUGCACGCCGGGGCGGCGGCGGCAGGGGUUUCCCCCAUCUGCUCCCCGCAAGACCAGGUGCCUCCAUGGCUGGCUCAGAAGAGCUGGGACUCCGGGAGGACACACUGAGGGUCCUGGCAGCCUUCCUUAAGCGCGGUGAGGCUGCCAGCUCCCCUGUUUCAACUCCACCCAGGAGCCCUGUCCAAGAGGAGCCAACCGAUUUCCUGAGCCGCCUUCGAAGAUGCCUCCUGUGUCCCUUGGGGAGGGGAGCUGCUCCCCCGGAAACCUCUCGGCCUUGCUCCCUGCCACUCCGCCCCUGCUAUGGUUCAGAGCCUGGCCCAGCCACUCCUGACUUCUAUGCCCUGGUGGCCCAGAGGCUGGAACAACUGGUCCAGGAACAGCUGAGGUCCCCACCUAGCCCAGAGUUCCAGGGCCCCGCACCCACCGAGAAGGAGGCCCUGUUGAGGAGGCUGGUGGUGUUGCUGGAGGAGGAGGCAGAAGUCAUCAACCGAAAGCUGGCCUCGGACCCCACGCUGCACCGCAGACUAGCCCGUCUCUCUGCCGGCUCCUUCGCCCGUCUGGUGGAGCUCUUCUCCAGCCGGGAAGGCAGCGCCCACCCGAGCCGCGGGAGCCCAUCACUGCCAUGCCCCGGGCCUCCCCCGCCGUCCCCGGAGCCCCUGGCCCGCCUGGCCCUGGCCAUGGAGCUGAGCCGGCGUGUGGUCGGGCUGGGGGGCACCCUGGCCGGCCUCAGCGUGGAGCAUGUGCACAGCUUUGCGCCCUGGAUCCAGGCCCAUGGGGGUUGGGCAGGCAUCCUGGCCGUCUCACCUGUGGACUUGAACUUACCUUUGGACUGAGCUCCUCUGCAGCCACUACAGGACUGGACCGUGGGCCCUGCUGGCGCACUCACUUCCUCUCAGGGUUAUGAGGUGGGGGCUGCCCUACCAGUUUUUACCAAAAAGAAUGUUUUGAAAUGUUUCAUAUUAAAAGUAGUUUGUUCUUUUA